AUGGCUUUUACUUGUAAAAGAGGAAAUUCCCCAGCUCAGGAGUUGCACAGCACGUGGCAGCAGCGAGCUCGUAGUUCGGGGUUACUGAAGUCCCCGAGAAGCUCCGGCACCUUUUUCAUUGUUGGUGCAGCAUUUUGUGUCCAUCCUGACAGAAAAAAGCUCUGUGUUACUGCAGCAUUGCCCGCGUUUACUCCCGCGCUAGGAAAGGCGGUGCGUUUCCCUUUAGACCUGUGGUGUUCAGCAGCGAGCUUCCGAAGCCGCAGCAGUCCCGGCACGGCUUGCAAACGUUCAUUACGGUGCAAGGAUCGCCUGCGGGAGCCAUUCCGGCCCGUUUGCGGGCGUAGCUGCAGGUUUUUUUGCACAAAGCGCUGCCUUGGCCAUUUCGAUCAGCAGCUUCCUUCGCUGCUAAUAAAGAUCUCCGAAGCACGUUUAUUUACUCGGCCCCUUUUCCAACUUUUUGCGCCACUUCAAAUAAAGCCAGGCAGUUCAGUGUUUAAUUUAUUCAGACGCUUUGUCUCCCACAGUCUGAGCGUCAGCAGGGUAAAACGCUCGCGCGGACGGCAGCGUCGGACAGCAGCGGUACGCGAGGCACUUAUCGCAGCGCGCUGCUCUGCCUGCAGCCCGGCCGCACAGGGCCGCGCCGAAGGGUUCCACGUUUACCCGCCUACCCGCGCUGUUCGUGGCCUCGCGGAGGGCAGCGCCGUUACGGCGCCUUACAGCGGCGGCAACGGACGCCGCUCUCCGCCGUCACCGCUUUAUCCGGCGCGGCGCCGCCCUCACGGCGGCUGCACCCUCGUCCGCUUUGGAGGAGGCAGGUCGGCCCGCGCCGCGUCAACGCCGUUCUCCUCCUCGUCUUCAUCGUCGUCGUCCUCCUCCUCCUCCUCUUCUUCCUCCUUCAGGCCGUCACCUGCUGGACGCGACACGCGGCGCUCAGCGGCUCCCAAGUCCGGCAGCCCCGCGCCACCGUUCGCCGCCUCCACUCACCGCCGCCCGGCGCUCCGCCCGCCGCGCCGCGCCGCUGCUCUCUCCCAGCCCGCGCCGCAGCUCGCGUAG